AUGGAAGACACAACUGGUCUACUUGCCGCAGAGCUCAAUGACCUUUUCGAAAGAAUUGGGCUCGUUCUCAACAAGAUAGAGACAAAACUACCUCCUGAACAAUGCACCAAAUGUGUUCAGAGUCUGCCAGCGCCCAGCCUGCUGGUUUUCUCAAGACUCCUCCUCAUGAUGGGCAAACGUCUGCAAAAGGAGCCGAUUCAUAUACCAACUGACAAAGGUAAUGCUGCACUCAACUGCCAUUACGAGAGUAAGGCGGCGGUCAACGAUCAUCGUGAAGAUCUAUGCCCACCUAGCGACCGCGGCGAGAGCCCGUCACCAAUUAACGACAAUGAUACACCAAAUGAGGCCUCCCAUUCCGACCUUGGCGAUACUGUCGACCACAGUCAAUCUCAUCGCAACUCUAGCAGCCCUGAUCAACGAAUUGAACUCUAUCGCCCCCUUUCAAUAUCGACUAGCCUAUAUAGCGCCCUCAUCAAACACCAGGGUAACCCACAAAUCUUUUUGAAGUCAACUGAUCGUAAUGGAGCCCAAGCCGCAGGUGGAUUGGCAGAUGCAGACGAGCUGCUUGAAGAGUACGUUCGGCUUGGUCGUGCGUACAACAAGUCGGCCGAAGAGUUAGGUGGACCCGGGUACUUGCUUAUAUUACCUUUGACAGUCACAGAAUACCAGGAAUUCUCCCGAUAUUUCUCCUCCGCUGUCGAAAGUCUCCAUGAAAAUGGUAUUGACGAAGCUGUCACGGACAACGGUUUAGAUGUGUUGGGGGAAAAGAUAGCAGACGAACUUUGGGCAAGUUCCCAGGAGACAGAAGCCUCGCUCAAGCGACCUCUCACGAAGUCUGCACUGAGGAACAAGAGGAAGAGAGAGGCGAAGAUGAACGGAACGGAACAAAAUGAGGAUAAAAGGCGCAAAGUUCCCCGGCAGGGGAUCAGAAAGAGUCGGUCUCGGAAUCCUGAUACAACCAGCAUUGAUCGUCCAGGAUACGACCAUGCAUAUCACCACCGGCCCGAGGCCUCAAUGAAUCGCUCAAUAAUCGUUUCUUUGGACACCGAAUAUCCUAGUUCUACGGCUUUCCUAGGUCCUGGAAUAUUUUGA